AUGUCUACUCAAUUUAGUGAUGGGCCUGCAUUUACCAGGGGAGACAAUCUCGGACCCUCAUCAGGCACAUUUAUCUCCCGCUUGAGUCCUAUCACAGGCAUGAUUCAGUGGGACCUCGUUAGUAACGAUUACGACUUUGAGCAGGAAAUUGCUCGAUCAGCAUAUGCAGAUAUGCUUCACGACUACAAUCGAAACCAGCGAUACCAUGAAGCCAUUCGCCAUGUCAUCACCGCAAUGAAAACCAAGGGGCAGGAGGUCCAUGUGCUGGACAUCGGCACGGGGUCUGGUUUGCUUGCCAUGAUGGCGGCACGAGCUGGGGCAGACUCUGUCGUCGCAUGCGAAGCGUUCGCUCCUGUUGCGAAAUGCGCAAGGCGAAUCAUAGCAGCAAAUGGAUUAAAGAAAAAGAUAAAAUUAAUUUGCAAACACUCGACUGCUCUUGAGGUCUCCAAUGACCUUCCUCGCAAGGCAAAUGUUCUUGUUGCUGAACUAUUUGAUACAGAACUAAUAGGAGAAGGUGCCUUGGAGACUUACCGUCAUGCUGCUGAGCACCUUCUUACUCCAGAUGCUAUCCUCAUUCCUUGUAAAGCUAAAAUGUACUUACAGGUGGUUGAGUCUCCUUUUUUGUGGUCACAUAAUCAGAUUAAACCAUUUGGUAGUGGCCCGAUCUUUUCCACAGGAGAAAUGCGUUCAUGCUACGGAUGCCCAGCUGCUUUCGAUUUGCAGGUGUCACGCCUCCAAUUUGUAAAUGAUCAGGUCCCUUCGAAUGACGACAAUCGUGGUGCCGUUCGCUGCCUCCUUGAGGAGCCUAUAAUGUUUCACGAAUUCAAUUUUCCUCCUCCUACUUCGAAUCUGAAGCUUAAUGAGUCCAAACGAAUUGCUGAGGUCGAUGGGAGGAAAAUAGUUGCUCGAUAUAAUGGCACGGCACAUGCCCUAAUCGUCUGGUGGGGCCUUCAGAUGGAACCCUCUAACACUAUUCCAGCCAUCACUACUGCACCGUCUCGUGCGAAUCCCUGUAGCACCACUAAAGAUCCUUGCUCAAGUCCCGUGUGGCGUGAUCACUGGAUGCAAGCUGUCUAUUUCCCUCGUAAACCCCUUAACCUCUCUGCCGGUCAGCCCUUUUGCAUAGAUUUUGCUCAUGACAGCGUCUCUAUGUGGUUCGACAUCCACCCUUUUCCUACCGAAUCUCUUGUGGCUCAAAAUCGUCCUGUCUGUACCUGUCUAGCCCAUAUAACUUGGCCUCGCUCACGUUUUGCUGAACUAAAUGAUUGGCGUUUUCGUGAGAACUUUCUCAAAAAUGUCAAUCACGUGUCUCAGCAGAUCAACGCUCUCGCGUCAGAAUCAAUGGCGGUUGUCGUUCCAUCUGAUGCCUCAGUUCUACCACUCCAAAUUUAUUCCUCGCUACGCUCUAGGAAUUUCAAACUGUUUCACCUUGAUUGUUCGCCGUUAUCUGCGCGCAUAUUGCGCUCAAUUUAUUGUGAGGCUGGGGCUGAUAUCUCCGUCACAGAUAAUGUUGAUGACCUCCUGGUUAUGCUGGAAAAUUUAGCUGAAAAAAUGCCAUCGCCUGUUACAAUAUAUGUGGUUGCAGAACCCUUCGCCCUCGCUGGUGUGCUCCCUUGGAAUUCAAUUCACUUUUGGUAUCUUUUUGGUCGAAUUAGACAGCAACUACCCAAAUACUCCUGCCACUUAGUAGCCCCCACUUUUCUGCGUAUCUGGGCCGUCGCUAUGGAAUUUGAACAUCUCUGGAAGAUUCGUGCACCCGUUGGUGUUGAUUGUGAGGGUUUUGACCUUCGCCUCUUCGAUGACAUGGUUUUAUCAGCUUCGUGUGCUACUGACGCUCCAGUGGAACCGCAGCCACUGUGGGAAUAUGCUGGCAAAGCCCGAUCGGAACAAGCGAUUGUGUUUGAACUGCCCCUAAGUGAUCCGCCGGUUUUCUCACAAACCAGCCCAGCAGCGCCGGGGUCCAUUGGUAAAAUCGCCAGUCGAUCAAUUACUAUUCCGAUUUCUUCCGUGAAGACUAAUGCGGUUGCUCUCUGGACAGAAUGGUUAAUGGGAGAUGGAAAUUGGCAAGCGCCCUCGGGACCAUUUAAGCCAAUCAAGAUCGACCAGGAGGUUGAUUGGUGCAAGGUAGGGCCUCGUCCUGGAGUGUACUUGUUCAGUACAAGUCUACGUGCAAAGCUUCGAUCCCGUGGAGGGGCAUGUUCUUUGAGAGUAAUAAGCGACUUCGACUUUUAUACGGGAGAACCGUCUUUCAGCUUUGACGUUACUUAA